UCAAGGUUUAUAGAUAAUACUAUCGAUAAUAUUAUCUAUAAACCUUGGUAUACGAUGUGUCAUCCGCUAAUACUUUAACGUUUUCGAGUGUAGUUCGAUAGCAGUAAUGUUACUUUGGUUUUUCAUAUUCACACUACUAAUACCGACUGUUUUCACAAGUCAAUCAUAACUUAAAAAUCAUAACAUAUAACAAAAAUCAUAACAUUAACUUAAAAGUUAUAAAUUUAACUGUAUAUAGAUAAUUUUAAUUUAAACAUUUGGUGAAAAUUUCAAGUAUUUACAGUGAUCUGAUUUGAAUGAUUUAAAUGAUUUUUUUUAAUAUUGUAACAUAAUAUAGUCGGCGACUUUGGACGUGUUUCCUGUGAUAGGUGUUUGGUACGGCGAAUGAUAUUUUUUCAGCGAGAUAGCUAUAAAUCCGCACCGAGUUCUGUCCAUCGUGUCUUGAUUCAAGUACUAUAAAUUUUAUAUUGGACGUCGAACUUGUAUAAUGCAUUUUCGGUAGACCGGAGAAGUCAUUAUUAUAUAGAUUUGUCAUCGAUGAAGUUUGGUUAUCAAUAUUCCGUCUAACUUUAGAUUAGUACAAUAGUGUUUGCCAAUACCGUUGCUCGAAAUGUCAAUUGCAUUUUACAAACGACUGUAUUGAACUUAUAAUCUUACCGAGCAUCGUGUUACUCAUGGCCCGAAGCAAUUGCCAGUGGUGGCGAUAAUAAAAUAGUUUUUAUUUUAUUUUAUAAAAUCGUUUUCAAAAAACUAUAAAAUUCAUCAAAUAACUUACAAUCAGUUAUACAGUAAUACUUAAUGCAGAUUCAUGUGCGGACCACAAUAAAAAUUUAUUUUUUUCUACUAUGUGCUUUACAAUAGGAACUUGAAAAAAAAAAUGCUAUAUGAGUUAACCAUGAGAAAACGUUCCGUGAUUGAAUAAACAGCAUAUCCUAUAGAGACCGAACAACACUUAUAGCCAGCCAGCUAGGUUACACGAAUAAAAAAAAAGUCUUCUCGUGUUCACGAAAUGAGCCGAUUUAUUUUAAUUAUUAACAAUACUGAUUAAAUGUCUAAUGCAAAAAAAAAAUAAAUAAAUAAAUAGAAUUGUUUGACAUAAUACACGAUUACAAUAUAGGAGUAAUGCCAUAGAUAUAUUGUAUUAUAAAACCAAUUUAGCUAUUUAUAUAUAAAUAUAUUCUGGCCACAAAAACAACAGAAAUGUUGUCGUCAAUGAAAUGAUUUUUCGGUGUUAAAAUAUAUCUAUUCAUUCCUAUUAGACAUAAAAUUUCGUCAGUACUAUUUUGAACGUUCAACCGUAGACAUCUGCAGUAUAAAAUAAAUUUAACUCGUCUAUAAUAUAAAGAAUUCAUAAUUUAUAUUAGCAUUUCACAUUUGACGUGGUAUUCAUAAAGUAUAAUUUUGAUUAAUAAUAUUUAAUUCGAGUAUCUACUUUUCUUUUGGCAUUCUAGCAUCCUAUUCUAAUAGUAAGCAAUAUUGAACAAUUGUUUAAAUUGUGCUAUUUCAAUUGGGAUUGACUCAUCCAAGAUGCAUUUUUGGAAUUCCUUUCAAAAAGUAGCGACAUGGUCGGCAGCUUCAUACCUGUUUUUUCAACGGUUCUUAGAAAUCGUGUCUUUAUUCAUUCUGGACAACAAACACAUCUGUCUCCUUAUUCCGUUCAUGAUGACUAUCUGGACGAUAAUAUAUUUCGCGAACGACUUCUGGAUGAUAUACGUGGCGUGUCUGAUUAUCGGAUCCGUCAUAUUUAUUUUUGCGUCGUAUAUACUGGUACAAAGGGCCGGACGGCGAGAACGCUAUCAAAUACUGCUUGAGGCGUCCCGGGGUUAUGAGCUCGCGGAGGUCGAAGCCCUUAAACGACGUUUCGACGCCAUUUUUCCACCGUUGGGCGUGUUGAACUCACUCAUGCCCCGCGAAGUCGCUGUCGCCGAUGCGUCUCGGACAAUUGACGAGCGCCUCGGUGCUCUGGAGGACGCCGUCCGGUCACUCUCGGCCGAGUUCGAGCAAUUCAAGUUUAACCAGGCGCCAACAGUAAAAGGGUCAACAAAUCGUGCGCCAACAGUUCAAUCAGCAACAAAUCGCGCGCCGCCAAUUCAAGCGCCAACAAAUCUCGCGCCGCCAAUUCAAGCGCCAACCAAUCGCGCGCCAACAAAUCGCGCUCCGCCAAUUCAAACCUCUGGACAAACCCAUACAGUCCCCAAGUCAUGGUGUUACUACCACGUCAGGUUCGGCAAAGAAGCGCGGAAGUGCUCUAGCGAGCUGUGCACGUUUACCCCAAAGAUAUCGACUAAAAAUCAAACAUUUAAGAAGACGUUAUAUACGUCUGAUAAACCAGAAAAAUGCACCUACCCGUGCUCUGAUUGGAGGGAUUUUUAGUAUAAUCAGACCUUAGUCUUAGUCUUAGUUUAAAAUUGAAAUUAAAAAUAUUUUCCAUGUUUUCUUUCUUUAAAAAAUGUUUUCUUUUUUUUUUCUUUUCUUAUCUUUAUUGUAAAUUGUUAUAAAUAAAA